UCUCCUUCUUCUUUCCGCCAUCCAAACAAAACUAAGAGCCGCAGACGCUUUCGCCCUUCCGUUUUCCUCUUCUUCUGGAGGCCAUCUGUGACCAGGAAAUCGAACAUUCCGAUGGAAACAAGCGCUUUCCAGAUGCCAUCUGAAGUUUUCGAGUCGGAAAACGUUUACCCACUCCCUCUGUCCCACCACCCACCUGAUUUUUUCUCAGGCGAGUGCGACGAGGAGUCUAUGGAUUUGAUGCUAUGUUCUCAUGGUUCGAGAUUUCUGAAGCGUGGGUUCAAUCAUAUGGAUCUGUCAGAGUCAGAGGGGUUUUUGAUGUUUGUAAAUGCUGGUGGUGGAAAGAUUCAAGGGUUGAACUGUUCGGAAGAUGGGUUUUUCAAAGGGGGGGACAUCAUGAGGACGGAAGAAAAGAUCAUCGAAGGGGGAAGCUCACCAAGCAUAUACCAAUGUGCAAGAUUUGGGAAUUUCUGUUAUGUCUUUGACAAUCUUGAGCCAGGGGAGUAUUUCAUUGACCUCCAUUUCGCGGAGAUUGUGAACACAAAUGGGCCUCGCGGGAUGAGGGUAUUCGAUGUCUUCGUACAGGGAGAGAAGGCCCUUGCGGCACUCGAUGUAUAUUCAUGUGUGGGGGCUAACAGGCCUCUUCAGGUUGUAGAUAUUAGGGCAGCUGUUGCUCAACAUGGGGAUGCGAUAACUAUAAGAUUUGAAUCCGUGAUUGGGAGUCCUCUGCUGUCAGGAAUUUGCAUUAGAAGAGCGCCAAAAUUGCCUGCUUCUCUCAUCAACCCCAACUAUGUCGUUUGCAAUAAAUGUUGCGCACAGGUGGAGGUUCCUGCGAAUCAGAUUAAGGACAGGAGCUUGGCAUCACUGGCGAAAUUGGAGAAGAAAAAUCAGGAGCUGGUGAAUCAAUACAAGCUUAAAACUGAUGAAUGCUAUGAAGCCUGGAUGAUGCUUUCAGAAGCAAACGACAAACUCGAGAAGUUGCAAAUUGAAUUGGAGAAGAAAACAUUCCAGUUCGAUUCUCAAGAUCAUGCUCUUGAGGUGAAAGAAGCAAUGUUCAGGGAGGCUAUUGAAAAGUAUGAGAACGGAAAGAAGUUUUGGACGAAUUCCAUUGACAAGUUAAAAGAGCAUAUUCAGGUCCUGAGGAGGGACUAUGUCAAUCUAUCGGAGGAAGCUCACGGGUGCGCAACAUCCAUCCCUGAUCUAAACAAAAUGACCCAUGCAGUUCAAUCAUUGGUCAGACAGUGUGAAGACCUGAAAAUGAAGUACAGUAAAGAGCAAGUGGAGAGGAAAAAACUUUAUAACAAGGUUCUUGAAAUUAAAGGGAAUAUAAGAGUCUUUUGUAGGUGUCGCCCAUUGAGUAAAGAGGAGAUUUCUUCGGGUUCAGUAAUGGUGGCAGACUUCGAAGCAGCCAAAGAAGGUGAACUAGGCAUAAACACUGGUGGUGGUGGUACAAAGAAAACCUUCAAGUUUGACAGGGUUUAUACUCCUAAGGAUGAUCAAGUCGAUGUGUUUUCGGAUGCUUCUGCACUGGUUGUGUCUGUUCUAGACGGCUACAACGUCUGCAUCUUUGCGUAUGGCCAGACUGGUACAGGGAAGACUUUCACGAUGGAAGGAACUGAACAGAGUAGAGGAGUCAAUUACAGGACCUUACAAGAACUUUUCCGAAUUGCAAACGAGAGAAGGGAGACCGUCAGCUAUGAGAUAUUCAUAAGUGUCCUUGAAGUAUACAAUGAGCAAAUACGUGACCUACUCGAUCCUGCACCUUCGUCAAAAAAGUUGGAGGUGAGACAAGAAGCUGAAGGAGUUCAUCAUGUACCUGGAGUUGUGGAGGCCAAAGUGAACAACAUACAGGAGGUCUGGAAGGUGUUUCAAUGUGGGAGCAAUGCCAGGGCAGUUGGGUCCAACAAUGUCAACGAACACAGUAGCCGAUCACACUGCAUGAUCUGCAUAACGGUAAGGGCAAAAAGUUUGAUGAAUGGCGAGUGUACCAAGAGCAAGCUUUGGUUGGUCGACUUAGCAGGCAGUGAGAGACUAGCAAAAACGGAUGCACGUGGGGAACGGCUUAAUGAAGCUAAGAACAUCAACCGUUCACUUUCAGCUCUUGGAGACGUGAUUUCUGCCCUAGCUACCAAAAGUAGCCAUGUCCCAUUCAGAAACUCCAAGCUCACACAUUUGCUGCAAGACUCAUUAGGUGGCGACUCAAAAACCCUGAUGUUUGUCCAAAUCAGCCCAUCAGAUAAGGAUUUGGGUGAAACAUUGAGCUCACUGAGCUUUGCUGCUAGAGUUCGAGGCGUGGAGCUAGGCCCUGCGAAGAGGCAGGUUGAUGUUGGCGAGCAUCAGAAGCAGAAAAGCAUGCUUGACAGAGCAAAACAGGAGUUGAAACUCAAGGACGACUCCGUGAGACAGUUAGAAGAAGGUUGUCAGAAUUUAGAAGUGAAGCUUAAGGGGAAAGAAUUACAGUGUAAGAGCUACCAAGAGAAGAUCAAAGAACUAGAAGGGUGUUAUGAUUUGAAAAUCAAGGAAUUUCAGAACCAGUUAGAGAGGCAGAGGUUGCAGUUUGAAGAGAUUUUGAAGGACAAGGAUGGAAUUUGCAGAACCCUUCAACAAAAGGUCAAAGAGCUCGAGAGCAAACUAAAAGAGCAGCAACAAGGCUCCAGCACCCCAAUGGCAGCAGAACUGCUGAAAUGUGAAAUAGACUCCUACGUUCUAAGGAGCUCAGAUUCAUUAAACCGACCAGCAAGCCGUGAUAGACAUUCACAGCCAGAAUCCAUUCUGCUGAGAGGAGCUGAUUCAUUACAAGAAAUCAAAAGGAAAAGAGAAACUAAAAUGGGCCCUGUGGAUUCUGAGAACAGCAUUCCUCUAACAACAUCAUUACUAGAUAAGAAAGCAAUUCCAUCAGAUAUAAAGAGGCUUAGGCAGAUUGAUUCAUCAAAAGCUUAUGGAAGGCUAUCACGAACAUCAAGGGGAGGUACCCAAAAGGUGGUCUCUGCGAGUAAGCUACACCAAGGAGGAUGGAGAUAGCAACUGUAACGAUAAAGAAGUCUAAGGCUGCAUUACACUUAUAGCAGACUAAUAGUAACUACCAUUAAAGUUCAAAAUUGUCUACCUUUAUGUUGUUGUAGACUAGUUCAGUCGCUAACCAAUACAUGAUGAUUGAGUUGCAAAGAAAUGCAUUUUUCCCAAAUGCAGUUUAGUUUACACGGGUUACAUUGUUUAGAAUGUAAUGACUUGUGUGUACUGUAUUGCUAACUAGCAAUACAUGAUGAUUAAGUUUAGUACUGAUGCAUUUGUAGUAAGCAAUCUGUAUCUUGACUUUGCUUCCAUAUGUAGUCUAGCUUGCAGAUUCCUUGUUCAGAAUUUCAGUAUUAGUUUAUAAGUUAUUUCUAGGUAGAAGAUUGAGUUGACAAACAGUG